UACUCGGUCGGAGUCUCGAGGACUAAAGAGAGAAAAAAUAAAACCUUUCUCUAAAUUCUCGCAAACGCGUGCCUAAAGUAGAGCUUGAGUGUUGGAACUUCGCUAAAGACUCCAUCUCCGUCUCUAAUAAACCCAUUAGGUCAUUUCAUUUUCUUCGUUGCUUUCUGAUCUGUUUCUGAAACUCCUCCUCAAUUAUGCGUACUUAGUAAAUAAGUUAGUAUUCAAGGGUUUUCACUGUUUCUGAAUCUUCGGUUUUAGUUUUGCGAGCGGAUUCAAUGGCGGAUAUGAUAAGCAAAUUGCCUGAUUCUUUGAUAUCUCAGAUACUUUUGUUUCUUCCGACGACAAAAGAAGCUGUUAGGACUAGUGUUUUGUCCACUAGGUGGAAAAGUCUCUGGCUUUUGAUUCCCAAAUUGGAUUUGGACUCUUCCAAGUUCCCUGAUUACAAUGCUUUUGUGAGUUUUAUGGACAAGUUCAUAGAUUUCUCAAGGGAGCACAAGUCGUGCUUGCACAAGCUCAAGCUUAGUAUUCACAAGGGUGAGAGUGAUCAGUGUUGCGUCACGCCGUGGAUUGAUUUUGUGGCUACGACUAAACUUGAGCAUCUUGAUGUUGAGUUUGGUCCUGUGAAGCUUGAGUGUUUGGAAGUGAUGCCCUUAAGCCUCUUUUUUGUCUGUGACACGCUCCUUUACUUAAGACUCCAUCGAGUGUUUUUGGGUAAGUCUGAGUCUGUGUCUUUACCUUGCCUCAAGAAGAUGCGUUUAGAACACAAUGUAUAUGCCAAUGAGGCUGUUCUAGAGUCACUUAUCUCGGGUUGCCCAGUUCUUGAAGAUUUGGAGAUUGUUCGAAGGGUUGAUGAUAAUGUUGAUGUUUUACGAGUGCGCUCUCAGACAUUAACCAGUCUCAGUAUAGCACAUGGUUUCAAUGAUGACGAGGAAAUUGAGUAUGAAUGCUUGAGGGUUUUGAUUGAUGCCCAUAGACUCAUGUAUUUGAAUCUCGAUGAUGAUGUAGCUGAGGUUGCUAUUCUUAGCAAUUUGGAUUCCUUAACCAAGGUUAAUAUUCUUGGCGAUUUUUACAUGGUGAAUGGUGCUGAUGAAGUUGACUUGCGUGAUUUUUUCACCAGUAUCUUGGGAGUUAGAGAUAUGAAGAUUUCUAACGAUGCUUACGAGCCCAUUAUGUUUCACCCCAUGUCAGAGUCACUCCAGUUUUGCAACCUGUCUUGUUUGGAAGUAGAGAUUUAUUUAUGCAACCUGGAAGAAGUACCACAGCUUCUUAAACGCUGUCCGAAUCUAAAAUCCCUAAUCUUGGAUUUACUUUCUUCCUCCAGGGCAGAACAGACAAGACUUUCGUUCGUGCCUAGGUGUUUGCUAUCAUCGCUUGAGUUUGUACAGAUAAAAAGCAUCUUCUAUGGAAAUCCUGUUAUAAUGGAACUAGCAAGGUACUUUGCAGAGAACUCUGUCAUCCUCAAGAGACUUGUUUUUCGUUUGAAAGGUUCCGUUGAAGAAGACAAUAUCCUUGUCUUAAGGGAUCUUCUUGCAUUGCCGACGCGAUCUAGCAUAUGUAAAAUAGAGGCUUGUCGACCGUGAAGAUGACUUUUAUGUUUGUCUUGUGUUCAGAACUUAGAUUGCUUUAAAAUCAAAAACAGGAUUUUGAUUUAGAUUGUUGUUGAAAUCUGUUAUUAUGUUGUUGUUUUUUUGUGAACUUUGAUCUUGACUCUUGGACUCAUGUUGAGACACUUCUUUACUUCCAUCAGGUAUAGUUUGGUAGUUCCAAGUCUGUUUCAUUACCUCGACUCAAGACUAUGCGUUUAGAACUCAAAUGUUUAUGCCAGUGAGUCGGGUCUAGAGUCACUUUAUAUAAUCUUGCCCUGUUCUUGAAGAUUUAUGCAUUGUCAAAAGAGCAGAUGAUACUAUUUUAGUUUAAGUAGUACUAUUUUCAUCUCUAUUGUGAUUGUCUGAUUUUUCCUUGUUUAGUUUAAAUUCAACUACACAUUUUGAUGAUAUUUACCCUCUUAUUAUUUAACUUAUUUUUAGUUUAAGUAUAUUUUGCUUGAUUUUAUCUAAAGCAAAAAUAUCGCGGGAAAAGUAACAGAAAUAUCAAAAUAAUUUUCCUAAUGCCUAAGCCCUAGAAGACGAACCUGAGAAGCAGCCAGAGCACCGGUCCUAAUUUCUUUGGCGU